AAAAAUUCUAUGGACUUGAUAUGUGGUUUGUCGUCAUGUUUGUUGUUCUAGACUAUACAGAAUAUUUUAUUCUUUAUAAGUAAUUGAUGAUUUAUAAGAUAAAUGCAACCAUGAACCUGUGUAAUCAAAUAUUAUCCGAAAUAUUGUAAUUCGCAGUAGUUAUGAACUGAAAAGACCGCAUACGCCUAUUGCUGUCAUUAGUAUUUUGUAUAUAAUGGCGUCGGAGGCCGAAGCUUCCUGUGAAAGUGAUCCAAACUUCGCGAUUAUUUGUGCUUUUUUGGAAAAAUUCGGGGAAUUAUGUGGAAUCGGAAGUAUAGAUUUCGUAGAACUUCAAAGUAUGUUGGAGAAUAAUCAAGAAGUUUCUCCAGAAUUGAUGAAUUUACAUAUCAAACUCUUAAGAAAAACAAAGAAGAAUGUUACUGUUGAAAGAUGGGAAAGAGCACUUGUAAAUAUGUGUCAUAAUUACUCUUCGAAAGAUGCAUGGGAGAUAGAAAGAUUUGGGUACAAGAAAACUAGGCUGCAAAUUAAACUGAGAGCUUUGAAGGAACUUCUUGAGAUGCAGUUUGACUACAACACAAAAUUCAAAAAUGAGGUGAACAAGAUGACUGCAGAGUCUCUACGCCCCCAACCUUUAGGUAGAGACAAAUUGGGACGAGCUUAUUGGUUUCAAACCGAUAACAAUUACCAAAUUAGGAUUUAUAAGGAAGAUCCUGAUGAAGAAACAUGGCAUCUAGUAGCAAAAGACCGAGAUGGAUUAUUGUCGCUGAUGAACGAACUGGCAGAUGGCGAUUCAAAGCUCAGUUCCGACUCUGCCUUGAAUGAAGACAGCAACAGUCUAUCUGAAAAACCAUUUAUCGACACUGGCCAAUCUCAAGAUGCAACUGAGAAAAUUAUUGAACAGUCCGAAUCCGACUCCACCUCAAACCCUGAACCGGUUGUUGCCGAGAAUCAGAAAGAAACAGAAAGCGAAGAAAUAGUUGAAAAAUCUGAGGAAGCGGAUGCUGAAAGUAAAUCGUCAGAGUCCAAAGGGGAGGAACCACAAGACGUUGAAAAGAAAAUGGACGUAGAAUCUUCAGAUGACGAUGAAGAAGAAACCGAGGAAAAGCAGGACGCAGCGACGGAAUCCGAAGAAGUCAAGAGGCCCAUGCUUCGCAUAAAAUCCCUCAGCGAGCUGAUGGAAAAACCGGAGGAAACAAGAAAGACGAAUUUCAUUCCGGAUCUACCCGAACUGACAAUCAUCAAGAAGGCAAAGCUGGAUUCCUCCCAGAUUACCAUCACUAGGACACCGAGGGACCAGCAGAAUCCCAAAGAAAUCGAAGUCUCGCCAGUUACCGAGUCACCUCCGGAAGGUUAUGGUUCUGGAGAUAAUAAUGACAGUUGUGAUGUGACUGUAAGUGAAGAAAUCGAAGAACCUGUUAUGGUCGUCUCCGGAGAAGGCUCUGGGGAAGAUUGUCAGGCUGGUAAUGAAAAACGAUCUGAGGAAGAACGUAGUGUCGUUGAAAAAAGUGAAGAAAUGGGGAAAAACCAAGAAGAUAUCUUUGUGAGUGAAGAAAUAGAAGAAGAGGUUAUGUUCAUCUUCGGUGAAGGAAGUGGAAGAGAUUGCGAAGCAGGAAAUGAAACUACGCAAAAACCAGAGAAAACCAACAUAAAAGAAGAAGAGAUUAUUGUAAGUGAAGAAAUCGAAGAAGAAGUAAUGUUCAUUGUUGGUGAAGGAUCCGGAGUAGGUUGUAUGACGGGAAACGAAAAGGAACAAACAACAACACAAGAAACGGAAAAAUCGAAGAACGCUGACUCCCCUAACAAAGUUCCUAUAGAUAGAGUUAAUGUAGAUACAAUAAAAGAUUCAAAGACUGAAACCGAAACUCGCCCAGAUACAGAUGAAAAUCCAAGAGAAGAGAACGCCUCUCCCAAAAAGACUCAGUUCUUCUUCGGUCCAGGUUCCUUGAACAUCAAACCAUGUCCAGUUAGUCCCGUGAUAAACGCCAAUGCGUCUGAAGAAGCGACUAUGAUCAGCGGCAACAAUGGUUCGAUUCCCGAAGAAAACAGCGAAAAUAAAAAAGAAAAGAGCGAAGACGAAGAAGUAAAUAACGAAGCUAAAGAUUCAGCUGAUAAUGUUGGAAAGGUUCCGGAAGAAAAUCCUGUAACGGAAGAUAAAGUGCCUUCAUCCGAAUGUUCCAAACCUCAGGACCCAGAGGAAGAAACGAAUGUUAACCCACCAGAAGAUCCAGGAAAAGAAGAGAUCGAAGCAGAGGAUGCUGUUGAUGAGCCGGAGAAUGAUGUAAAUUCAGAAGAAGCGAAGACAGGGAUCGAAGAUACAGAAACUCCAAAAGUACAAAAUGAAGAAGAAAAAUGUGAAGACGAUAACAGUCAGGCGAAUGAAUCGUCCCAAACGGAAGAGUCAAGUUCGAAACAAGAGAAUUCGGAAGAAAAUGAAGAAUCCCGAGUAAAAGAAACAGUAGUAGAAGAUUCGAAGAAAAAUGAAGACAACGCUGAAAGUACCACAGAUGAAAGGGUACAAGAAGAUAACGAAACUGAAAUAGAAGAGGAAAAAUCACAAAGCAGUGAAGAAUUAGUGAAGAAGGAUGAAGAAACUUCAGAGAAAAAGGAUGAAAACAAGAUAUCUGAACCAGUAUCUGAGAGUAUCGAAAAAGUCACGGUUACUGAAAGCGAAGAGCCCAAUGAUGCCAAAAAUGAAGAAAUUGAAGAAACCCCUGAUAAACAGGAAAAUAAAGAAAACGCCACCUCCAAAAACGAAGAUAAAGUGGAAAAACUUGAAGAUGAAGAAAAACCCAAAGAGAUUGAAGAUGAAACUGAAGAAAGGGACGAAGCAGGGGUAGAAAGCGAUAAAGGGGAGGAAGAAAGCGACAAGGUGGAGGAGGAAGUCGACGAUGUAGAAAAGCCCGAAGUGGAGAGCGACGAAAAGGAAGAAAACUCGAAAAACCAAGGGGCUGCUUCCAAGAGAAAAAGGGUGACCAGAAACACCGCCGUUCUUAACGAAUCGAUCACCGAAGAAGACAUGAAUCCUCGUAAGAAGGUACCGGUGGAGAAGACCAAGAAGAAAGGACCGCAGAAAGUUACGAAACCGAAGAACGAAGACGAAGAAGAACAAGAAGAACAGCAAGCCGAAAGUUCGUCCAAGGUCGAAACGAACGAACCCCGAACCACCCGACAGACGAGGCAGACUAGAUCGUUGGUCCUUCCGAAGGCGCAGACGCCCGCUGGCUCGGCGAAGGCUAAAGGGAAGGCCAACAAAAAGACCGCCUCGUCGCCGUCCAAGAGCGACGAUGCCGAGUCCCCCAAACCGCUGGAAUCUGUCACCAUAGUCGACACGGACAACAGCAGUACCGCCGUGGAGAACCCGGAGAAAGACCCCCUGGCCGUGUCGGAGGAGGAAGUGGCCCCGGCCGUCCCGUCUAUAACCAGCUUCUCCUUCGACUACAACCCCAACAGUCCGGCUCCCGAAGAAACCAAGAGGAGCAUGAGGAAACGGGGCAGGGACAAUCUGGAGGAUAAGCCGGAGGUUCCGGAUAAGGAGGUCAAGAGGCCGAAGAUAAGGGGGAAGAGGACGAUGGUUCAGAGUUUGAGGAAGAGCGUGGAGGAGAAGAGGCAGCUGGUCGGAGACGGCAGCAGCGACGAGAACGAGCCCAAGAAGAAGGGCAACAAGAAGACGCCGGUCAAGAAGAAGGCGGGGACGCCUUCGGUAUCCGACAGCGACAACGCUUCCCAGAAGUCCGAGGUUAAGGCCAAGAGGGGGUCGGCUAAAAAUACUCGAAUUCUGAAAAAUCUUGGCGUUAGGGAGGAGGAUGUAUCUUCCUUAACAGAUUCCCCGGCUCCUGUAAGGCAGUCUAGACGCAUCGCCCAAAUCAAGAUAAAAGAGGAAGCGACUAGGAGACGGGUCGACGAUGAUGAAGUAUCGUCGAAGAAGAAGAAGAAAAAGUCAGAUGACAAGGAUUUUAAAGUGGGCAAGAGAAAACGAAUAGAAGAGGAAGUGAAGCCAGUCCCUACGCCCCCGAUGGUCGAAAAAAAGAAAAAGAGGAAGACGAAACAGAACAAGAUAUCGAUAGGUUGGAAGUCGAGCAGCGAGGACAGCGACAACUCCUGUCAAGAGGAGGAGGAGGUGAGUGAGUACGAGGAACACCACGAGGAGGAGCCCCUCCAGUUCAAAUCCGACCACGAGUUCUCGCCUGAAAGCGACCUGGAGUGCGACGAACCCUUGCCUUUGAAGAGGGCUAGAACGGUCAGGAAAGAAGAAUCGAACGAUGACGAAGAGCCUGAGGAGGAAUUUCCAUGUCAGAAAUGUGGCAAGUCCGACCAUCCUGAAUGGAUACUUCUCUGCGAUAAGUGCGACAACGGUUGGCACUGUUCUUGUCUGAGACCAGCCCUUUUUGUUAUACCGGAAGGCGAUUGGUACUGUCCCACCUGUCAACACGAGACGCUCAUGGAAAACCUGAACAAGAAGCUGAUCGAGUUCGACAAGAUGAUCGUGAAGAAAGAGAUGGAGGAUCGUAGGAAGGAGAGACUGGCUUACGUCGGCAUAAGUCUGAACAACGUGCUUCCUGCCAAGGAGAAGAAGGAUAAGAAAACCGACAAGUCUUACGAUUCCGAGGAGAGCUCCAAGGAGAACACGCCGUCCGCGUCGGAUUCGGAAGAGAGCGACAGCGACGAGCCCAUCUAUCAGCUGAGACAGAGGCGGCAGGCCCACAGCUACAAGUUCCAAGACUACGAUGACCUCAUCAACUCCGCCCUGCAGGAAGAGCCCGCGCCGGAAGUGGAAAAAACGCACACCUUGGGUCGCGGUAAGGACAUCGCCACCAUAGUCAACGCCGCCAAAGAAGAGGAGGAAAAGAACGGUUUCGAAGAUCUACCGCCCGUCGUUCCGAGGGACCCGGAGGAGAACAGGAAGAAAGCGAUCAGUUACAGGAAGAAACCGAAGAGGCUGAACAAUUUGGAGGUUAACAGCGACGACGAAGCUGAUGAUUCGGACGAGGACUUCAAGGGAUCAAGUUCCGAUGAAUCGGACGAGGAGGAGUACACCGAGGAUUCGGACGAUAGUUUCGUAGGGAAGAAGAGUUCCAGGCCUGUGAGACGAUCUACUAGGGCCAGAACGACAAGAUACGACGCCGACUUCAUUAAUGAUGACAGCGACGAAGCCCCGUUGAAAAAGAAGAAGAAAAAGAGGUACUUCUCCGAUUCCGAGUCUUCCCUGAGCGACGAUUGGAGAGGAAAGAAGAAAAAGUCUGGUAAGAAGUCGAAGAAGAAAAAGAAGAUGUUCGACGAUUCGGACUUGGAGAAUUACAGAAAGAAGAAACCAAAGAUUAAGUACGGAAUGGAUAGUGAAGAUGACACGAGAGGAAGGCGGACGAGAGGGAAGAAAACGAGCUAUUUGGACACUUUGGGCUCUGACAGCGAAGAAGAGACUUUGAAGAAGAAGAUCAGAGACAAGAGUGACGACGAGUAUGUGGCGGAGGAUGACGAAGAAAAAGAAAGUGAAGAAGAAAAGCCAAGUGGCGACGAGGAUGAUGACGAUGAGCACCCAGUAAAACCCAAGAAACACAAGUCCGAAGAGUCUGAUUCCGAAAAUGAGACGCUCGUUGUUAAAAAAGUCAAGCUGAAAACUAAGAGGACCAUAAUGGAUAGCGAGGAGGAGGAAGAAGAAGAAGAAGACGACGAUAAAAAAGAUGAAAUUGUGAAGAAAACAGUGGAGGAACCACCCAAGACAGUGGACAAAAACCAGGUCAUCAACGAAGAACUGGCGAAAACUGUCAGAGAAUUCGAGGAACAAGUUCCGACGAAAGAACUGAUCACCGAACCCAAAUUACCAGUAGUUCAACCGGAAGAGACUCAAAAACCUUCGGUAGUCCCUGGUUUGAACGUUGAAAAAUUGAAAGCCUGCGGGAUAACCGUCACCAAGGUGGCCAAGGACAAGGCCGGUCUCCCGCCCAGCGAAACGCCCAAUAAACUGAUAGAAAUCGGAGCCAAACCGGUCUCGAACCGGGUACCGGUCAACCUGACCAAGAUAGAGAAGAGCCUCGACGAGCUGGACGAGGACGAAGUGGAGGAAAUGAUGGAGAACGAGGAGUACGCCAACCGGCAGCUCGAACUGGCCGCCAUCCAGAUAAGGGAAGCCAAGAGGAUGAAGCAGGAAUUGGAGAAGAAGGAACAACAACCCCCCCUGACAAUCACCAGGAAACCGACGGAUAUGAUCCCGAAGAAACAGGGUACCGGGAGAUUCUUCAACAUGAAACCAUCCCCGGAGCCGAUGCUGGGUAAUUCGUCGAUGUUGAUGAACGAUGACGAUAACGACGAACUGUCGGAGCCCCCGGGCGUGACGUUACCGUUGUUCUCCGAACUUGGGGCGAUGAAAGUCCACAAUCUGUCCAAGUCGAAUAACAGGAGCCCUUUGAACAACACCCCGCCGCCUCCACCUAGUCCGAACAGAGCCGUCCCUGUGCCUCUGCACAACAUGGGGCUACCCCAUCCUUCGACGGGGAUGGUACCGCCCAAUCCCUUCGGUUCCCCCAGGGGGAUGAUGCACCACAUGCGCCUGACCAGGCCCAUGGGUCCCAGGGUGGGCAACAUGCCUCCCAUGAUGGGGCCGAGGGUCCCCAUGCCCCCGAUGGAGCCCAUCAACCAGCCGAUGAGACUGAACGUGCCAGGAAACAUUCCAAACGUGCCGAGGAACAUGAACGUGCCGCCGCCGCCGAUCGGUAACAGUAUACCGAUGGGAACCAGCCCGCCCCUCCCGAUCAGUAGUUCAAAUGUACCGACCGGCCCUGGAUUGCCUCCGAUGGGAGUAGUAGCGUCUGUCGCCGCCACCGCCGCCGUCCCGACCGGUUUGAACAUGACGAUGGCUUCGAAUUUGACGAUGGGCUCGAAUGCCGCCAGUCCGAACGUUACCCCCGGUUCCGGCGGUCCCGGUCACGGCGCCAAUGUUGCGACGUUCAACGAGAGUCCCGAUGGCACGCCGAAGAAACGCAGGGGAAGAGGAAAGGGCAAAAAGACGUUGGCAGCAGAAGCGGCCGCUGCUGCAGCCGCAGCCGCCGGUCUGCCGGAGGCUAACAAGAUCGGCAACAACGCCAAACCUCCGCCGGCGGCCAACAUCGAGAUAGCGAGCCCGCCGCAGCCCUUCUCCCAGAGCCAACCGGCCCCCUCGGUGAUAACGAGGAUGUUGCAGACGACAGCCGGCAAGGGAGCCUUUCCGGUCGGUAGGAUAAGACCGAAACAGUUCGCCAUGAUGCAGGACAGCGACGACAGUCAAAGUCCCAGACCGUCCGAGACGCAGGAGAAGGACAUGUCCACGCAUCCCGCCCCUACGUCACAUCCACCGGUGUCCGCGCCUCACGGCGGCCAUCCCCCAGGUCACUACGGUCCCCCCACAGGACAAUACCCACCGAAUUAUGACCAGGCGCAGCCUCCACACGGUUACCAUCACCAGCGUCCACCGCCGCCACCGAUGCAUCCAUACCCCCCUCAUCCCUCCCAGCCUCCGAUGGACGCGCCGCCGAUGAACCCCCCCAUUCAUCAACCCCCGAUAAGCAUCGCGGAUUCGCCCUCCCUGGCGCAGUACUCUGCCCCUCCUCCCCCUCCCUCAAAAUCGCCUUACGAGGGUAUGCCCCCCCAUCGACCACCUUACCAGAGCGCCGGCGCGGGUUACAACUACGACUACAACGUGCCGCCGCCGGUUAUGUCGGAGGAGGGGGUUGUACCCCCGGCUGCUUACGAAAAUCCUACGGUGUACCCGGACCAGUACGAGACAGGAUCUUCCGGCGUCGAUCCCAAAAUUGUGGAGGAGGAGACGAGCGGGGAGUUUGGGGGUCUAGUCUCGUAUUUCUCCAGUCAGCACGAGGAUGAUCUGGAGCAAUAGUUGCGUUGGUUGGUGGAAAAGGUGUGAAGUUAUCAGUAUUACUUGGCAGUUCCGAAGCUAUCGUCCCCUUUUCGUGUUGCCUCUUCUUUCAGUUAGUUCCGCUUCAUCGUUUGGUAAUUCGGCUGGCAAAAUUUUCAAAUUCCCCCAGUGACAGUAUCACUGCUCGAAGAGGAGGAGUCAAGUGCCAAGUAGGCGGAGCUGAAUGUCAACGUCAAUCGACGAUUGAGGUUAUUUCGUAUAGGAACUUGAAUUUUUAUACAAUGUAAAAACAUUUUUUAUUUAAUUGUAUAUGUAAAUAUGUGUAUAUAAUGAAUUAACUAUAAUUUCUGAUAUAACUCUGUAUUGUGUUUUCAGAUAAUCCGAAAAUUAUAGAUUUGAAUGUUUUCCAAUCCUUAUAGAUGCGAAUAUUUAGACAUAAAUCGAAUUUGUAUAGUGUAAAGUUAUUUGUACAAUAGAAUUUGUGCAAUUCCAAAAUUCUUUAUUUAUUUUGAAAUAUUACAGAUAUAUUAUUUGUUCUGAAAGGCUAAAUUCACGAUUUAUUAUAUUUUUUAGUGAAUUUAAAUUUUUUUAUUGAGUGUCAUCAAAGAAAUUCUAUUCAACAGUAA